GGUACUUAAACUCUUGAUCACAUGACCGUUGUCGCUUUUUCCUGGUGCAGGAAUCAUCCGUGGUAUGUGACGAUCCAGACACUCAACGAAGACCAAUUUAAUCAGCGCCAACUAAACCAAAAAAGAGAAAACAACACUGAAGGAAAAGGGCACAUUUCUGAAGAUUUGUUUCGUGAGGCUUCUAGCUUGCGGCAGCAGAGAGAGCACAAGCCGUGAGCGUACGUUGUUGCAAGUAAAGCUCGCUUACUGUCCUUCGUUCCUGUCGCUGGACCGUGUGCAUGUUUUGAUUCGCCCCUUGCCUUGGCAAACAAUUUAACAAAAAUAUGACACAACAACAUAGCCGCAAGCAACCUUUGUCCAUUGCAUUCAUCGCGCUUUUAGAUCCAGGAAAGGAGGUGAGGAGAGGAGGCCUCUUAAACUAUUGAGAAGACUUUUACCAGCCUCCAGCUAACGAUCGAACAGUGCUGUGUCUGUCUAUCCAUCUGUGGUUGUCUCGUCACUACAGCGGUCACGUUGCAUCAGAGCUUUGCUGCCACUGACGCUCCGCCCACGGCUGCCCCUCAAACAACGGCUCCGCCUCCUGCGCCCCCGGCCCGGCCCGAGAGGGGCAACUACACUGUAACCAACGGCAAUGGGACCGCCUGUCUGAUGGCCCGCAUGGGACUGCAGCUCAAUGUCAGCUUCAGCUCUGCCUCUCUCAAUAAGACUGUGCUAGAGGUGGUGAACCUGCAGCCCAACCUGACUAAGAGCUCAGGGUCAUGUGACUUGGACAGCGCCACCCUACUGCUGAAGGAUGACGAGAGGGCAACCAGCCUCACCCUCGUCUUCUCCCUGAAUGCCACGUCCAGUAAGUACCACCUCAGUGGAGUGACCCUGUUGGCAGCCUGGCCGGACAUGCAUGUGCCCUUCUCAGCCAGUAACCGUAGUCUGGACUACCUGCGUGGUACCCUGGGGCGUAGUUACAUGUGUCGUGAGGAGCAGACUCUGGCUGUGACUGUCAACUUCUCUCUCAACACCUUCCAGCUGCAGGUGCAGCCCUUUGGCCUCAAAGGGGACCAGUUUGGAGCAGCGGAGGAGUGUCAGCUGGAUGAGGAUGACAUGUUGAUCCCCAUCAUCGUGGGCGCUGCGCUGGCUGGCCUGGUCCUUGUCGUUCUCGUGGCCUACCUCAUCGGCAGGAAGAGGAGCCACGCUGGCUAUCAGACCAUCUAAAAUCACUUCCUACCAAGAGCCAGAGAGCACAAGCCCACCCCAUUUUACCCUCCAGCUACUAACCAUCACCUGGAUUGACUGAACCUCACUGCGACCCUUAAACUGAACUUUCCCCAAUUAGAAUCAUUGCUGCCCCAUACUCCCCUCUGAACUCUCACUAGCCCCACGUUGGGUAUCCAUGGGGUUGAUAUGCGCUUUCAGGACUGAACUGCUCCUUUGUAUGAAAAAAAAAAAAAAAGUGGGAAUCUGCUGAGAUUUGUAUUUACAUAACGAAACACUCUUGACAGUAGAGCUUUUCACUGAUCCACCUAUACUCGAGACCUGAUCCAGAAUUCGAAAUAAUGUCACGGGUUGAAUCUGAACAGAUUAUCACGGGUAGGCCUACAUGUAACUUUAAUUUACCUGUCCGGAAGAGCCCGUACAGAUCCAAACGCGACUGCUACAGUAGAGAGAAAUGGAGAAUUUAUGCUGCUGCUCUUUAUGCUGCUGCCACGAGAGUGGCGUUUGUUGAUGUUGGCCAGUCAUAAGUUAACAAGGCUACAAUAGGCUAGUCAUAGAGCCUUCCUGCGUGGCAAAAGUUAGGAGAUAUAUAAUUACAAGUUAAAGGAGAGGGAUGGGCUACAACGACAAUAGUCUGGAGUUGUAAGUGUAGGAUGAGAAAGCGUAAGCACUGAAGCCUCAGUUAGCCUAGCUCGCUAAUAUCAGCUAGCUUAAUUAGCUUCUCCCGGUUUGAUACAGUCAAGCCCGGUACUACGUAAUCAUAUUUGAUAAAUCAUUUAGCUAUGGCAGCUAUUGGUUAGUUGCUGUCAUCUCUCCCUCACUCGCUCACAGUACGGCCCCUCCCUCACCUGCUGGAGCGGCCCCUCCCUCACCUGCUGGAGCGGCCCCUCCCUCACCUGCUGGAGCGGCCCCUCCCUCACCUGCUGGAGCGGCCCCUCCCUCACCUGCUGGAGCGGCACCUCCCUCACCUGCUGGAGCGGCACCUCCCUCACCUGCUGGAGCGGCACCUCCCUCACCUGCUGGAGCGGCACCUCCCUCACGCGUUUUUAUCGGCUUUAAAAAAGUAUUUUCUGUUGCUUCCCUCACUCGGAUCGGGGCUGGAUCUGACCAGGUCUAUACGGAACGGGUCUAGCUGUCUCUGGGUUCGUUCGGAAUGCAUCUCUGACUAAAUUCAAAACUUGUAUUUAUACAUAUCGGGUUCGAGUAGGGAAAGCCCAGGUCCAUUUUGGAACAGGUCCAGCUUUUUGGACCCAUGAAGACCUCUACUUGAGAGACACCAUCACUCAACAUGGUGGGGGGUGGGGUGGAGUUCUCAUAUAACCAUAUGCUGAAUAAUAAUCCACACUCUGCUAUUUGUAGCCUAGGGUUUCAUAUCAUGCAUUACAUUUACUGGUGUUUAAUAACAGGAUUUCUGAGGGAUUGUUUGUGUACAACCAUUGCUGCUGCCGUUUUAAUGGCUACUUCUCUGUUUUGGUUGGUGGCCAUUUUGACAGUCACAACAUAAUAGGAGGCCGUUGUUACUCCUGUGUAAAGGGAAUAUUAUGACUGUCGCUGGUUGCUCCAACUAAACUGGUUGCUCCAACUAAACUUAAGGUUUUCAACAUCAUUAAACAUAAUACAUUUUAAUUCUGAAUAUAAUAUGAAGUUGAUGCAAGUCUCCCCUAACCCGAGUUUGAGGGUCAGAUAUUUUUGCAUCCACCUAAUGGGUAAGGCUAUGAUUUGGGGCUGGGAAAUCUGAUCCUAGAUCUGUGGUUAGGGGCUAAGCUAGGUACCAGCGGCAGUUUUCAGAAUGGUGGUGUUUCUUAAUCCAUUUCUUAGGGGUCCCCUAGUUGGACAUAAUUUUUUUUGUGCACCUUCUUGGGUUCCUCUUGGACUGGGUUGAGGAACAAGGGUAAAGGUCAUUUGACGGUGAAGCAGUUGAGGUCUGCAUACCACUGCUUAUAGGUACAUGUAUUAAACAGCGCUUCAUGGUCAAUCCGACAUCUGCAUUGGCUGUGCAGCAUUUACGGUGAUACGGCCUCUGCAGAAGUCAGGGCAUUCAUACUUGUUGUGCUUCCUGAAGCAAAGCAGAGCUGUUAAGGAAGUGACGCUAUACGGAGUCCUCCCCAUUAUUACAACAUUUUGAGAGGCAUGUGCUUGAUUUGGCCUCUGCAUGCCUCGAGGCUCCGCAAUUGGUUCACACCCUCCAUACGAAGCCUCUGAUCACAUUUGCUGACUAAGCAUAAAUUGGAUUUAAGAUGGUGAUUAUUUUUUUUCUUUUCUGGGGGGGGAGAUGUACUGAUGGUACGUCCAGUGAUACACUAAGGGGAGGGUUGUUACAGUUUAAUUUUAUGGUGCUUACAAAUGGCUGAACACUAACUCAAAAUGCACCUGUGUAACUUGGGACACUUUUUAGUGAAUAGUCACAUUUUAUUAGGUGGUUUUCUCAAGUUACAAUUCCAGAUAUUAUUGUUUAAAUUGUUCUGUUGGAGUUACUGCCAAAAGAACAGCAACAUUUUUAGGGAGGACAUAAUUUCUCCACCCCCAAAUAAUGUUAAGCCAAAUGGAAUAUGUGCCUCCCCACUUACAAGAAGGAUGGGAUCUAUGCUAAUGUUCUAGAUUUGCACACUCUAAUCUGAAGGAUGGGCUCUAUGCUAAGGUUCUAGAGUUACUCGCACUCUUAAUCUGUCUCAAAUGACACCCUAUUCCCCAUGUAGUGCAUAUCUUAGUUGGGUGUCAUUAGAGUCAUAGCCUUUUGUCUCUACACAGCGUUACCAUAGAACAAUGAGCCAUAUUUCACCAGAUGUAUACAUGGCUGUGGUCUAUCUUGGUUUAGUUAUAAAGAUCUUUGGUGUCGUUCUGAGAUCUUGCCUUGCCUGUUGAAAGAUCAGAGGAUGCAUUAUUUGGAGUAAUGAAACUGCAUUUUUGUUCCACCCCUCUUCUAGAAGUGUUAACAUCCAUAGGUAGUAAUUGAAAAUGGCUUUAAGAAUGUUUUAAUUGUUUUCUUAAGUGUAGUGGUCAAUAAAAUAAGCUGAAGGAA